GCACCUUCUUCAUUCCAUAUUCAUUUUCUAUUUACAUACCCUAUUCAUAGAUGUAUUCUACAUAGCUACAUCAAUGAUCUCAAUUUAUAACGUUGUCUUUUCACAAUCCAUAAUCCACCCCCCUACUCUCAUUAUUUCCGCAAAACCAUACCAAAUAAAACGAGAGAACAUUGAAGUCAAGUAAAAGUUUCAACAAACCAAAAAAAAAAAAAAAAAAGAAAAAGAAAAAAAAAAGAAUAUAAUAAAAAUGGACUUUCCCGAACACCAGGUCCCUCACAUUAUACGUGCCUUGACCCAAUUCUCGCGCGACUCGCAACAAGAAGCACUGGAGGACUAUUUCUUGCCCAAUGCCUAUUUUAUCCACCCUUUCUGCCGCGUGCCCUCUUUCAGCGAUAUCAGAAUCCCCUUUACCAACCGAAUCAUUAAUUCUCGCUGUUUCCUCGCCUUCAUCUACCAAUGGUAUCGCAUCCUAAGCCCUGAGAUCAAGCUUGAGAUCGACUCGACCAGCUUCGAUAAGCACGCUAACCUCCUAUACGUCUCGCUCCGCCAGACCUUUACCCUGUGGUUUGUGCCGCUGUCCCUCUGGCAAGCUAACGUAAAGCUCGUCACUGUGCUACAUCUGGAGCGUGUGCCCGUCGAUAGUCGGAACAAACCACUUCUCAACGACAAGGGCGAGGUGCCAAAAACUUCAGACAAUGACAUACUCAAUGACCAAGAAGAAGAAGAAUUAAUCCUCUCAGAGCAGCCGCCUAAGCUGUACUUCAUUAAGGGCCAAGAGGACCACUACCAUGUCGAGGAUUUCCUCAAGUUCAUCGCGCCCUGGGGUGCUUCGCUGCUGUGGGCCAUGUGGCAACUGCUCGCGACCAUCGUCUGCGCCAUCGGCGUCGUGCUAUUGCGUAGGCCCAUCAUUUUUCUGCAGGAGCGCGUAUUGGGGUUGGAUAGUUUGGCCAUCCGGAAGAAGCCGUAGAAUGGUGCUUCGAAAGGCUGGCAGAAUUCAACCCCGGAGAAUAUUGGGUUGGCGAUAAUACGUACUAUAGAAGACUGCGCGCUA